AUGCCCAUCAUCAGCAAUGCCAACCAUGACUUCAGUAACCUGUCGGUCAGCGACGACAGCAGCCUGGACCGGAUCUUCACCGAGAUCCCCGAAACCGAGACCAUCAAGGGGGUCUACUACCAGCGUGCUCAUUUCCUCCGCCAGCCAGAGGACCCGCUGUCCGUGGACCACGGCCUCCAGGCGCUCAUCAACGUUGGGGGGAACCGCUACGCCUUCCCCUGGAGCACGCUGGAGCAGUUUCCGCUGACGCGGCUGGGCCAGCUCCGCCGCUGCAGCAGCCCGGAGGAAAUCGCGCGUCUGUGCGACGACUACGACGAGGCCAGGCGGGAGUUUUUCUUCGACCGCAGUCCCAGCGCGUUCCGGGUCAUCCUGAACUUCCUAGCGGCGGGAAAACUGCGUCUGCUGCGGGAGAUGUGCGUUCUCUCUCUGCACGAGGAGUUGGCGUACUGGGGCGUGGAGAUGGCGUACAUGGAGAGGUGCUGCAAGCGGAAGAUGUAUACGCGCUUGGAGGAGGUGGCUGAGCUGGAGAGGCGCGAGGAAGAGAGGAGGCAGCAUAACGCUCAGCAACGCCCCCCGGUGGAGGAGACGCGCUAUCGCAAGUUCAUGAACAGCCUAAGGGACAUGGUGGAGAAUCCCCAGUCAGGACUGCCGGGGAAGAUGUUCGCCUGCCUGUCGGUGCUGAUGGUGGCAGUUACAGUGAUCAGCCUGUGUAUCAGCACCAUGCCUGACCUCAGAGAAGAAGAAAACAGGGGCGAGUGUUCUCAGAAGUGUCACCACAUGUUCAUCGUGGAGACAGUGUGUGUGGCCUGGUUCUCCCUGGAGUUCCUGCUGAGGUUUAUUCAGGCUCGCAGCAAACUGGAGUUUGUCCGCGGUCCUCUGAACAUCAUCGACGCGAUGGCCAUCCUGCCCUACUACAUCUCCCUGGUCGUGGACGAGGACAAGGACCCGUCUGCGGAAAACGAGCGGCCAGCGGGGGGAAGGGGUUACCUGGACAAACUGGGUCUGGUGCUCAGAAUCCUCCGCGCUUUACGGAUCCUGUACGUGAUGCGGUUGGCGCGUCAUUCGCUGGGUUUGCAGACCCUGGGGCUGACGGUGAGACGGAGCACGCGGGAGUUCGGCUUGCUCCUCCUCUUCCUCUGCGUGGCCGUCACUCUUUUCUCCCCGUUGGUCCAUCUGGCCGAGAGCGAGCUGACCGGGGCCCAGGACUUCAGCAGCAUUCCUGCUUCCUAUUGGUGGGCCAUCAUCUCCAUGACAACCGUGGGCUACGGCGACAUGGUCCCGCGCAGCAUUCCGGGCCAGGUGGUGGCGCUCAGCAGCAUCCUGAGCGGAAUUCUCAUCAUGGCGUUCCCGGCCACCUCCAUCUUCCACAUGUUCUCACGUUCCUACCAGGAGCUGAAGCAGGAGCAGGAUCGACUCUUCAAGGAGGAAUGCGCCGCGGCUGCCGCCGCUGCCGCCGUCGGGUCCGGGGAGGGAGAGGAAGGUUCCGGAGGGGUGGAUUACCCUCCCCCGGGACUGGCCCUGUGCCCGGACACGGAAAUGCCCGGCUCCACGGAAGCCCUCUCUCUGCUUGGAAACGCAGGAGAAUCCUCAGGGAAUAACAAACACGGUCUACCAGCCGGAGCCUUCUAG